GUAUUCUCGUGAGAGAGGCAAAGCUUGGGGACCGGAAUUGAGAUAAAAAAAAGUGAAAUAAAAUAUCCAAGAGAGGACUUUCUUAGCCUAGACAGCUUUACCAAUGCUUAUUCUACUUCCUUUUCCCACCAUUUUCAUUUUAUGUGAAACUAAACUAAACCCACUAGCUAUUAUCUCUUGCUUGUAAAUAACUUGUAUUUACUCUUCUGCAACUACUGGUGUUUCUUCUCAUUAUAGGUCUAGUUGCUAUGUGGUCUGGGCUACGGUAGAUGGUCACAUGAUAUCUCAUUUGUAUUUGUUUGCUGGUUUUGUGGAAUUGGAUAGUUUGAGACCUGAUUGCCUGUAAAGAUAUUUGCAGAGUGGAAAAGGUUCCCCUUUAGAAGCAUUCAUUCAAUUUUCCAUAAAUUAAUUGGGUUCGGUUACAGCGAGUUUACUAGUAUGGUCAUACAUGUUGUGAGAUGAUCACAGACAUUAAUGAGUUUUAGUUUGCUCGAUUUGGAUGGAUGUAUGUGAGUCAGAGAAAGCAGUAGGGAAGCAAUUUAUAACAGUGACUUCGAGGCCACCACUUGUUUCAGCUGACAAAAAGAAUGGCGCCCCCACUCGGAGGUCCCGAACGAGAGAGGUCAGCUCGAGGUACAUGUCGCCGAGGCGAUCUGCAGAAGCUGUUCCGAAGCGCUGCCCCUCACCAAAUGCCGGCAGGGCAUCCACCCCCUUAACCGUGUCAUUGCCAAAGAGAGCUGUAUCGGCUGAAAGAAGACGCCCGACUACACCAUCAUCACCGCGUAGUCCUUCUCCAUCAACACCAGUACGGGAUACAGCUGCUGCAACGCUAGUGACACCAAGAAAGGCAUCGGUUACCAAAUCAUCGCCAGAGUCUUUAUGGCCAUCUACAAUGAGAAGUCUCAACGUUUCUUUUCAAUCCGAUGCUGUUGGUGCUCCAAAUGGUAAGAAAGAAAAGACGAUUUCUCGUACGCCUUCUGAUCGGACUCUCAAGCCGCCGUCAAAUGUAGCUGCUAAGGGCGAAACACCAACUGCAAGGAAGCCCACACCAGAGAAGAAGAGAAGCCCUCUCAAAGGAAAGAAUUCUUCUGAUCAGUUGGAGAACUCUAAGCCUGUUGAUAGUUUCCAUUCUUCUCCGCUAGAUCAACAUCGAUGGCCGAGCAGAACGAGUGGGAGAGCAUCCUCUAUCCCUAGCAGAAGUUUUGUUGCUGAUAAGGUCAACCAAACUCCUUCUUUAUCUGAUUCUAGGAUUGUUACUAGGCCUUCCCUGAGGAGAUUAUCUGUGGAUGGGACAAACAGACCUGUAAGGAAAAGUGCAAGUGGUCUUUUAAUGCCCGCAUCUCACGUUGAGACUGAAAAACAGAUGUUUUGUGGAAGUGCAUUUCAUGAUGGUUCACAAAAGUUACAGAGGCCUUCUUCUUCGAGUUCAUCAGAAAGAGCGUCAUUAAUGAGUGCAGCAGCUAGGAUUCAGUCAUUACCAAUCCCUAGAUCACGGCCUCCAUCACCCUCAGUGUCCAGAGGGGUCAGUCCAUCACGAGGCAGGAUUGGUAACCCGUCUUCUAGAGGUACUAGUCCUGCUAGGGUGAGGCCAUCAAGCCCGUCCAGACAACCUCAGGACACUUCUGCACUUAGUUUUAUUGCGGAUAUUAAGAAAGGCAAGAAGGCUGCUAAUGACAUUGAAGACGUCCAUCAGCUGAGGCUGUUGUAUAAUAGACAUUUGCAAUGGCGAUAUACAAAUGCGCGGACUGAUGCUGCAAUGCGUUCUCAUAAAGCAAAAGCAGAGAAAAUGUUAUACAACAUAUGGAUGAUAAUCUUAGAUCUGUCGGAUUCAGUCAGAAAGAAAAGAUCUAACCUCCAGCAGCUGAAGCUUAAGUUUAAGCUCUACUCAGUUUUGGUCAAUCAAGAGAGUUAUCUUCAUGAGUGGGCUUCAAUUGAGAGGGACCAUACUAACUCAAUAACCUGGGUCAUCCAAGAUUUGCAGGCUAGCACUCUUCGGAUUCCAGUCACUGAAGGAAUGAAGGUAGAUAUUACAUCUGUCAAGGGAGCUAUAUGCUCUGCUGUUAAUGUGAUGAAUGCUAUGGCGUCCUCUUUAAGCCCCCGUCUCCAGAAGGUGGAGGAUAUGAACUUCUUGGUGUCGGAACUUGCUGAUGUGGCAGCACGUGAAAGAGCGAUGCUUAAUGAAUGCGAAUCACUUUUUGGUUCCAUAGCUGCUUUGCAGGUGGAAGAAGACAGCCUGAGAACUCAUCUGUUGCAGCUGAAGCAAUCUUGGAGAGGCGACCAACUUUCUUUAUUUCGGGGUACUGAGUCGAUUCGAGUUCGAUAAUGCAUGCUAACAGAUCUCGAUUUUUUCCGGUGAAAUACAACAUCAUCUCUUUAUAUGGUGGUGUAUAUAUGAAUGCUUCUACCUAAUAUUUUUUUAUUAUUAUUUUUAGCUAGAGUUUUAGUUUGCUUUUGUUUUUUUCUUCCUUAGAAUAGUGUUCUUCUCCACGUGUAUUUAUUUUGAAAGAAAAAGAAUGUGAAAAUAAAGCAUUGAAAUAUAAUGUAAA